AUAGAACUUGGCCCAGUCAGUCAGUCAGUCGCAAUGGAUCAGUGGACGGGCGUGCAUCGAGCGUUCAUCAUUCGGGCCUAUUAUCGCAAUAAUGAUUCCAUAAGCAGUGCCCAGAGAUUGUUCAAGAAACAGUUUAGCAUUUAUCAAAUACCCCCAACGAAUGUGAUUAAAUCCUGGCUGCGACACUUCGAGGGCACGGGCUCCUCACAAGCCGGCGGAGCGAAACGUUCCUCAAUUCCGCAAAUAUUUUGCACAAUUUGCAAUCAGUGUCUGAGCAAUGAGAAGAAUUUCAGCAGUUCCGUAAAGUGAUCAAAUACUAUUAAGUAUUAUAUACUAUGCAGUUUUCUAUGUGUAUUGUGUAAAAUUCCUUUAACAUAGUCAUAGUUAUUUUCAUAUAUAAUAAACUCAAAUGUGCUUUUA